CACCAUCCGAACACCAGUCACCAACGAGGCUAGGCAAAUCCCAGUCAUCAGGCCUGGUCUGUAUCUGGCGGCCUACAGUGGCUUGUACCAGCCUGCGCCCGGGUGAUGAGGGCACCUGUAGUUGAUAUCACCUGACCCCGUGUCAGUCGACAAAUCCGCGCCGUGAGUCCUCAAGUGACUCUCGAAAGCUAAGCCAUCAUUCCUGAUCUCUUUCAACCCGUCUCUUGAUGACACGGGUCGAUUGUUUCGGACGAAGGCUUCCAGACUCCGACCAUCACAUGCUCGUGUGAUCUGCAGCGUCAACUAUUCCUUCUUUUUGACCAACUCCUAUCGCUCCUUCUGACCGUUCAGGAUUCCUCCGACACUUCGUAGUUAUUCGAAUCGAACACGUACCGUUGUAUCCACGAUGUUCAAACGUUCCUUUUCGUCGAAGAACCGGGCAGGGAAGACCGUCAAGCCUUCCAAGAAGAAAUACGACGAGCAAGCGAAAGACAAGAUGCAGCAGAGUAUGGAAAAAGGCGAAACCUCAUCCGCGGGAAGCCCUCUUACCAGCCCCAUCAUCACCAUGGUGGUAGGCCACGAGGAGCGUCUUUUUGCCGCCCACGAGGAUGUCUUAUCCGUCUCGCCGUACUUUCGCUCGGCUUUGAAGGAAAGAUCCUUGGAAGACGGUUCAAAGCAACUUGCUUUACCUGACGAGGAGCCUGAGAUCCUGUCUUGCGUUCUAGAGUUUCUGUACAAGGGCGACUACUACCCACGCCUGCUGCAUAGCAAGCGUCGAGACUCUUGGCACCUCGAGAAUGCACAGGAUACCAGCAACAACGGAGGCCGCGGGUCGAGCGAGGCAACGUUCUUCCACCCUGGCGUAGGAGACGUUGUGCUUCGGGACACGGUCGUCUACUGCGUUGCCGAGAAGUACAGCCUGGAAGGCCUGAAGCGCCUUGCUCUUAGAAAGCAGGGCCUUCAGAUGGGUAUUCCAGCCGACGUGAUCUUGCGAUCUGCUCGGUAUGCGUAUGACAAUACACCGGACUCGGAGUCUCGACUGCGCGCUCACUACUUGGCUCUCAUCAUCCGUACUCGCAGGACUUUUAAGAGAAGUGGAACUAUGCAGAUGGAAAUGGAGAUGGGUGGCAAGAUGUUUUUUGAUCUGUUCGUGGCAAUGUGCAACCACAUGGACGACCUCGUGGAGAUCCGGUAGGAUCCUUCUGUUCCCACUUCCUCGAUUUUGCCUUUGGGUCUCUUCGUCUUUUGGCCCAAGCGGAGUCGUGGGUUGUUCUAGUCGGUCGUCUCAUCGCCUGUAUUUUUGUCUCAGUUCAAGAGACUUCGAUUUUGAAAUUGAUUGUGGGCGGCAUGCUGAUUUCAACCGGAAUGGCUUUUAUCUGACCGCGAUUUUUGUUAUUUGAAUCAGUUUAUGAUUCUGCUUUGACAGCAAAAUCGACUUCUUCGCUUCUAUCGAGGUUGGCCGCCAUUUGAUGGUUUGAAUGAACCACCCCCUAAUCAUUUUUAAUUGAUGCUCCCCGGUGCAUGGCGACUUGUAUUGAUUGAUUCGCUCAUCCGUUGAUUUGAUUCUUCGAGUCCCAACAGCAUAUUCACUGACUAGCUGCAUGUGUUUUGCGUCUGCGUUCUGCGCUCUUUCUAAUUUGUCGACGUUCUGUCUCCACUCCUUGACUGCACGGUGACCGGUCACCGUGUGUUGCUUUUUGGCUACACGCCCUAACGAUGACUGAGAAAUAGGAAAAUGAGAAAUACGGCCACCUCAAAUUUCUG